UAGGUCAUACAUUUGAGCCAUGGCCGUGUUUUUUCCAGCUGUUUUGGUCUAUUUGUAUGUUGCCAUGAUGCAAUUGGCCAGUGUCAUGGCAGCAUCAGAACCACUGACGCCACACCAGCAGAUGCUUAGUGACUUGUGGGAGGAACACUGUCGAUAUGAAUUCAGCUCCGGCCACAAGAGCGUGGGGAAGACGAUGGAGACCAUGAUCGAGGAACCAUAUGUAAAUCAUAUUCCUACCAGCAUUGGCGGCGUUGGCAAACCCAUGUUGAGGCAUUUUUACGGCGAACAUUUCAUUUUCUCCAACCCUGAAAUCAUCCUCAGAACCGUUUCGCGGACUGUGGGGCAAAACCAGCUGGUAGAUGAACUUGUACUGCUGGCAAACCACACCGCGCCUAUUCCAUGGCUCCUACCAGGGGUGGCGCCUACAGGAAAGCAAUUGGAAUUUCCCUUGGUAGCCAUUGUUCGCUUUGAGAAGAACCUACAAGGGUUGUGGCGGCUUGCGCAUGAACAUAUCUAUUGGGACCAAGCUGGUGUGUUGGCUCAGGUUGGAUUGCUGGACGAGACGCAGCUUCCCAUAGUUGGGCAUGAGCAGGCGAAGAAGGUCAUUGAUGCCAAUUCUGCAACAUCCAAUCACUUGCUUCGACGUGCAGGGCUGUGGCAUUACGCUCACAGCCCCGAGUUGUAGGUGUCGAGCGCGUGUGACAUCGAUGGAUUUUCAACAACAAUGAAUGAACAAUUGUGUUUGUAGAGAGCUUCAGGCAUGUACAUGCUGACUCAACUUGCAGCAGACCUCUAAUCUAAUGUUGAUUUCGCAGCCACUUGCUGAUUUUGGUUGUUGGUAGACUUUUCAUGUACAGCCAGGGCAUCCCUGUCCUGGAUUGGAGGGCCCUGCACUUGCAAAAUGUAAAGAGAAUGCCGGGCCCUCGCCAAAGCUAUGGCACAUGUCAGCACCAAAACCCAUGAUGCGUACAGAGUGUGGGACCUGUAGCAGGCGCUCGGAGAUCUUUUUCACUUAAUUAAG